GAAGAAGAAGGAGGAGUAGGCGGGUCAGAUGUAGCUUUUGCUCUUCCGCGUUGUCUGCCCACAAAAAUCUACAUAACCAAUAAAGGCGUUUUACAACAAAUAUAUUUCUCAGUAUUACAGGGGCACCUGUACAUCCAGGCAGGAAAAUAAAGGCAGAUCGGUGGUAUAUUGUCAGCUAUCGUCCCCCUCAGUAUGCUGCUGAGCUGCUGACUGUCACCGUCAUCAUCAUCAUGUCGCUGGGCGACAAUCCUCACCUGCUGCUCGGAAGGAUCCGCUUCCUGAACAGGUGCAUUGAGUGUUUUAGGAGGAGCGAGUCAGUGCCAGAGUGUCUGUGUUAUGUCCCCAAAGAGGUGUGCUACAAAAUCUGCAAGGAUUCAUCGUCCACCACCUCCGGAACAUCUACAGGAGGCUCCACCGUGGGUAAAAGCCUCGUCUCCGUCUUUGAAAGUCCUCAUCAGAUUCCUCACAGCAAGAAAUCAUGCAAGUACACAAUUGAGCCAAAAAAAGGGACGUGUAUCCGGACAACAGGGGAGGAAUACUGUAACAGCCAGGGCCUAUGGGUCAAAAUCAGUAAGGAGCAGCUGGAGGAGCACCAUCCGGGUCAGGACCUGGAGGAAGGCUGGAUCCUGGUGUGUAAACACACAGAGGGAGGUGACAGGCUGGUGUUGGCAGAGUCACCAGAGACUGUCAGCAGACAACAGCAGCUCUUUGGCUACGACCACAAGCCAUGCAACAGGUGGGAACAGGUGGUGGAUGUGGAGAAUGCGCUUUACAUCAGCUCCAAACCCAAAAUUGCAGAGUGUGAUGCUGCAGCCGUCCAGAAGCUAAGGUAUGUUCCUCCAACUUGGACGUAUGAAUGUGAUGAGGACCUGGUGCACUAUUUCUAUGACCACAUAGGGCAAGAGGACGAGAACCUGGGUCGCGUGAAGCGUGUGACCAGCAUUGAUGUUUCUUCAUGUUCGGAGGAUCCCAGUGGGGGGGCAAGCUGUCUGACAGAUGGCGACACGGAAACUUACUGGGAGAGUGACGGCAUGCAGGGACAGCACUGGAUCCGCCUGCACAUGAAGAGAGGCACAGUGGUCAAUAAGCUGAUUUUGACAGUGGACGCUACAGAUGACAACUACAUGCCCAAGAGAAUCACAGUGUAUGGAGGAGAGGGAGACAACCUGAAGAAGCUGAGUGACGUCACCAUAGACGACAACCUGAUUGGAGAAGUGUGUGUGUUGGAGGAUAUGACAUCCCACCUGCCUGUCAUUGAAGUCCGAAUUGAAGAAUGUAGAGAUGAAGGGAUCGACGUCCGGAUCCGAGGCUUGAAGAUUAAGUCGUCAUGUGAGAGGGACCUGGGUCUGAAUGCCGACGUUUUCCAGUCCUCUAACCUGGUGCGCUAUCCUCGCCUGCAGGGCACCCAACCUGACGUCCUGUACCGGAGAGCACUGGUUAUCCAGAGGUUCAUCUGUCUCCUGGACAGUGUGCUCCCACACCUGGUGCCAGCCUGGGACUACAGCCUGGGCACCUUCAACCAGAUCAAAAGCAUAAAGCAAUUCUUGCUGCUGUCCAAACGUCGCUCAGCCCUCAUCACUCAGUGCCUGAAGGACUCUGAGACCAGUAAGCCAAACUUCAUGCCCCGGCUCUACAUCAAUAGGCGUCUGGCCAUGGAGCACAGAGACAACCCCUCUCUGGACCUGAGCUGCAAGAAUGCGGUGUUCAAUCAGGUGUAUGAAGGUCUCAAGCCAUCCGACAAAUUUGAGAAGACUUUAGAUUACAGAUGGCCUGCACGGUAUGACCAGUGGUGGGAAUGUAAGUUCAUUGCAGAGGGAAUCAUUGACCAAGGAGGUGGAUUUCGGGACAGCCUGGCAGACAUGUCUGAGGAGCUUUGCCCCAGCUCAGCGGAGUGUUCCAUGCCUCUGCCAUUCUUCUGCCGUACAUCCAACCAGGGCGCCUUAGAGGCCAGAGAUUACUAUGUCCCCAAUCCAUCUUGUAAAGAGUUCCACAAGUACGAGUGGAUCGGUCAACUCAUGGGAGCUGCUCUCAGGGGAAAAGACUUUUUGGUUUUGGCUCUGCCUGGGCUGGUGUGGAAGCAGCUGACUGGGGAGGCCAUCAGCUGGAGUAAAGAUUUCCCUGCUGUAGACUCGAUCCUGGUAAACCUGUUGGAGGCCAUGGAGAACAUGGACCAGGAGACAUAUGAGUUCAGGUUUGGGCAGGACCUGGUGUACACCACCCUGCUGAGCGACGGCCAGUUAGUGGAGCUCAUCCCUGGAGGCAGUAAUGUGGCCGUUCACUACGAGGACCGCUGCGAGUUUAUCCGCCUGGUGCGAAAGGUUCGGCUAGAGGAGAGCAAGAAGCAGAUUGCAGCCAUGCAGGUGGGGCUGCUGAAGGUGGUUCCUCAGGCUGUGCUGGACCUGCUCACCUGGCAUGAAGUGGAAAAGAAAGUGUGUGGAGACCCAGAAAUCACUGUGGAAGCCCUGAAACGACUCACACGCUAUGAAGACCUAGAGCAAAGUGAUGUUCGAGUGCAGUACUUGUGGGAAGCGCUGACAAACUUUACAAAUGAGGAUCGCAGCAGGUUUCUGAGGUUUGUAACCGGUAGAAGUCGUCUUCCUGCACCAAUCUACGUCUUUCCUGACAAACAAGGCUCUGAAACUACAGAUGCACUUCCACAAUCCUCCACAUGUUCCAGCACACUCUAUUUACCUAACUAUCAAAGUGCAAAGGUUUGUGAAGAGAAACUGCGUUAUGCUGCGUACAACUGUGUGGCCAUCGAUACAGAUAUGAGCCCCUGGGAAGAGUGAUCUCUCUGCUGCUUCACUGAUCAAAUUCUUACAAAUGUUGAAUAGAAAAUGUUGCCACGUUUAUUCCCAAAUCUACACAACUGCCAAUAAUCCAAACUGUAUAUAAUAAAGAACUA